AUGGAAAAUACUGCUCGAAAAGCCACAGCAAUGAAUGGACUCAAAAAGAUGUUUUCGAAGCGCAAGGAUCGGACAGAUUCCGAACCUUCUCCAGUGGAGGAAGAUUAUGAACCACCCGCAUGUAGCUACGAGUGUGCUCCAGACUGUAGAAAGAUUUAUCAAUACCAAGAACUAAGCAUUGAGAAGGUUCUUCCACCGAAGCAUCCUCGAAUCUUUGAUGCUUGGAAGGAAGCUAUUUCUUCGAGCCCUCGUCCUCUGGAGAAGUUUUCCUAUUGUCCAUUGGAGUUCAGAAGUUUCCUGACUAUACCCCAUAGCACUUACAAGUUCACCGCCGAGCAAGAACCCCUCCUGUCUUCGGCGGUUCCCGAAGUAAACACUACUACUGAGCUAUCCGACCUACUCAUGGCUUGGACCGAUCUCUUCGACGCUUGGUUUUUCGGUGGUGCCCUCAGUGAUACAGACCUUGUCAUUGAGAAGAGCAAUAUCUCCGAGAUAGGGCUGGGAUGGUACGAGAACCCAAGAAACACCAUUCACAUUAAACUAUUGGAUAGAGUUCGCGAUCGUGAACCAGGAUUCACGGGAAGCCAGGAGCACUUAUUCAUUGGUGUCUUAUUACAUGAGAUGGUCCACGCUUUCGUCUAUCUAUACUCCUGCCCAAAGUAUUGCUGUAAUGUCUGUUUUAAUCCCCCAUUGGGAGGCAGAGGGAAACUCGGUCAUGGUCUGGUGUGGGCAGAUAGCCUAACUUUGGUUAGCGAGGUUCUGAGGCGCAAGGUGAAUUGGCCGGUAUUUGUUAAUAUCCCGCGAUCGGUUGCGCACUCAAUGUGCAUAGAAGAUUGCCAACCUAACAAAGCUCAGCUGGAAUCUUGGGGGAUGGAUGUUGACAAGUGGGGUCGCGUCGAGAACUGGAGUCAUCUCUGUGAAUUCAGGCGUGAGUUUUAUGAGCGGGCGAGGCACCCGGGAAAACGUUAG